AUGAGAUAUUUUAUUAAUUUUUGUAAAGAAUUGGUUGAAGAAAAAAGAAGAACUAAAGACACUAGUACACGUAAAGAUCUACUGCAACUGAUGUUGGAUGCACAACUUGAAGGCCAUGAAAAGUUGGACAAGAAAACUGAACAAGAACUCAAACUGGAAAAUAUAACAGACUGGAGAACAAAAAGAGGUCUUACUGAUGUGGAGGUCAUUGCUCAGUGUAUGAUUUUCUUUCUGGCUGGUUUUGACACCACAGCAACCACUCUGUCCUUCUUUGCUCACUCCAUGGCAAUGAACCCUGAUGUCCAGGAUAAAAUUUGCCAAGAAAUAGAAGAAAAACUUGGACAGGAAUCUCCAAAUUAUGAUAAUGUACAGAAGCUGACAUAUCUUCAGAUGUGUAUGGAAGAGACGUUGCGAAUGUAUCCAAUUGCUGCCAUGUUAAUAAGGGAAUCGAAAGAAGACUGCAUUGUGAAAGGAAUGAAAAUUCCCAAGAAUACAGGUGUCAUGUUUCCAAUCAUGUGUUUACAUUAUGAUCCAAGAUAUUGGACUGAACCGGAAAAGUUUGAUCCUGAACACUUCAGUGAGGAAAACAAAGCCAAACAAAAAUCCUUCACUUAUCUUCCAUUUGGUGGUGGGCCACGAAUCUGUGCUGGAAUGCGAUUGGCUGAACUUGAAUUCAAGAUGGCUGUUGUACAAAUGCUGAGGAAAUUCCGUCUUGUUGCUUGUGACAAAACUGAAAAAAAAAUCAAGUUUUCCAAAACAGGGCAUCUCAAACCGAAAAAUGGAAUUUGGAUCAAAAUUGAACAUCACCAACAAUCUAAUGAUAAUGCAGCACAGGCUAAUUAA